AUGGAUACGCCCGAAAAGGGGCGGCCGCUGCCCGCGCCGCCGACCCCGCUCAGCGAACGGCGCUGGGAGAAUCGCGACGAGCUCUCAGAGAGCAGCACCGCGCCGCAGCUCGUGCGCACGGCGGGAAUGACCCCGGUGCGUGUGACGCCCUUUUCGCCACACACGGGACGCAGCAGCCCCCGCCCGCUGCCGAGCGUCGAGCAGGGGCGUCCGUUGCCGAGUCCUCAAAGCAUGCAUGCGAUCCGCGCUGGCCGCGAGAGUCCGCUUGCGAGGCGCGUACCGCCGCGGCCCGUGACACCGCAGGCGCCUGUUCCGGUCAUUGCGCGUGCGGCGUCGCCGCUCAAAGGCGGCCGUCCGAUGCCGUCGGACGACGUGUUUAGCGACUCGCCCCGACGGCCGGUGACGCCCGUAGGCGAGCGGCCGACGACACCCGUGAGCGAGCGGCCUGUAUCGCCGCGCGGUGCGCGGCCACCUGCGACGCCCCCGCGCACGCCCCCGCCGCCGUCGCGCACGCCCGAGCCGCGUCCCACGACGCCGCUCGAGUCGCUGCACCCCGACCGCCCCGAGACGCCGACACGCUGCCGGACGCCCGAGGCGAAUAUCCCCCGCAUUGCACGUACGCCGUCGCCUGUGCGCUCUAUGCGUCCCUAUCCCAUGACCCCCGCAAUCCCCGGCGGUCCUCCUGUGCCGAUGAUUAUGAUUGAUGGCGAGGUCAUGACCGACGCCAUGAUGGACCCCAGCGAGGCACACGAUGCGACGGUCUCCUUUGACGAUAUCUCUGUUCCGCAUGCGCAGCGUGCGUCGCGUACCUCGGCCGCGGACCGUGCCGGGGUGCGCGUGUCGGCUGGCAUCCACCAGACGUGCCACGGCUGUGACAAGUGGAUCGGCGGUGCGAUGGUGCAUGCAAUGAACCAUGCGUGGCACGCGCGGUGCUUUGUCUGUGCGCAGUGCACGACGCCGCUUGAGCACGUCUCGUUCUACGAGCACGACGGCCGUCCGUACUGCCACCUCGAUUUUCACGAGCUCUUUGCGCGCCGCUGCUUCCACUGCCAGACGCCGAUUGUCGAGGAGCGGUUCGUCACGAUCGACGACGCGCAGCUCGGCGAGCGCUCGUACCACGAGCUGCACUUUUUCUGCGCGAGCUGCGGCGAUCCAUUCCUGGAUCCCAAGGAUUUGCCGUCGCCCAAGCCUGACGCGAGCGUCGAUACCGACGAGGGGUACGCCGGCAAGCCGUUCUUUGUACAGGGUGCGCACCCCUACUGCGAAAAGUGCCACACGCGGCUGCACAAGCCCAAGUGCAAGGCGUGCCGCCUGCCGAUUGAGCACGACGUGGUGCGUGCGCUGCGCGCAGACUGGCACCCUGACUGCUUCGUCUGCACGCGCUGCCGCGCGCCGCUGCACGACGCGCCGGUCUUUCAGGGGCCGGACGGCGCGCCGUGCGACUUGGACUGCUACCAAGCGUGGAUGCGUCGUGCGAACUAG